AUGGAAUUCGCUCUCUCCACCACGCUACUAUACGGAGUCCUCUCCUCUACGCUGCUCCUCCUCCUCCUCAACCGGCUCACAACAUGGGAAUACAUCGUCCCCUCAAAAGUCUCCUGGAUCGACCGCCGCCCCGAACCAUUCAGCUAUCUCCGCGCAAAAUGGCGCUCCUUCUUCAACAUGAAAGAAAACAUCACGCAGGCCUACUACGCAUUCAACAAGCAAGGCCGAGCCGCGGCGCUCGCAAUCGCAUUCGGCCGACCCCAGAUCAUCCUCCCGCCCAAGUACAUCCGCUGGAUCAUCGACCAGCCCGAGUCAAUCCUUAGCAUUGACCCCAUCCAUAAUGACUUCCAUGCGUUUGUGCGCGAUGGCCUGGUGGGCGAUCAUUUGGUGCAGGAGGUGCUGAGGCGCGAGCUCGCGGGGCAUUUGGGCCAUCUGACGAGGGAGAUGAAUGAGGAGAUUGCGGACUCGUUGGAGAGUGUGCUUGGGGCGUCGGGGGAGUGGAAGACCCUGCCGCUGAGGGAUAGUAUGAGGGUUGUUAUUGCGCGGAUAUCGAAUCGGUUGUUUGUGGGCAAGGAGCUCUGUCGCAACGAGGAUUACAUUCGCCAUGCAGUCGGGCUGGGGAUGGCGGUUAUGCCGCAGACGCUGGUGCAGGAUCUCGUUCCCCAGCUUCUCAAGGGUCCGCUGUCCUUCGGCUCGAAAUUGUUUACGAGGAUCACGCUGGCCGGGUUGAGUGGGCACCUCAGCCCGGUCGUUCGACAGCGGAUUCAGGACGUCAAGACCGCGGAGAAGGGUCAACUGCCCCAGGAGGUCUUGACGUGGAUGGCUCAGCGAGCACUGCAGCGCGGCGAGUCUCCAGCCUCGCUGGAGCAGAAGCUCAUCGCGCGGAUCGCCAUGGCCAACCUUGCGUCCAUUGAGACCACCACGAACACGAUCACCAAGUGCAUGGAGGAUAUGACGGCCAUCUCCAACGAGACGGGCGGAUACCUUGAGCUGAUGAGACAAGAAGCCCAGACGGUCCUCGAGGCCUGCAACUACGCCCCCACCAAGGCCGAUCUAGAGAAGCUGGUGCAUAUUGAAAACGCACUCAAAGAGAGCCUGCGUCUGGCGGUCGUCUUCCCAGGCCUGAUUCGCCAGGUCACCAGUCGCACGGGGGUCACCUUGGAUGAUGGCACACAUCUCCCCCACGGGGCCCGGAUCAGCGUGGCGGCCUAUGCCAUCCACCGCGACGAAGCGAACUGGCCCGAUGCAGCGCGGUAUGAUCCCUCGCGCCACGAGAAGGCCUCGUUGCCGAUGUCUCGGGGCUCGGAGCAGCUUCUCUCGUUUGGCUUGGGGAAACGCGCGUGCCCGGGCCGGUUCUUCGUCACGGAUGAGCUGAAGCUGCUCUUUGCACAUGUCCUGGCAAAGUACGAGUUCAAGGUGAUCAAGCCGCCCGUGACAAAGGUCGGUCUGCUGAAGGAAUUGACCAUGCGCGGGCCUCAGGAGCAGCUUGUUAUACGGCGGGUCAAGUAG